AUGACUAACUUCAGAGUACUAUUUGUGAUUUUAUUAGUACAAGGAUUAGAAUUCUCCUUAGCAACUAAUUGCACAUUGCCUAAUGGUGAAGAAGGCGAAUGCAUAAUUUCUACAAGUUGUCCUGGUUAUUCAGAAAUUCUAGAACGAGAAAAUCUAACUACUAAUGAACUAAAUUUUCUUCGAUUAGUCCAAUGUGGUUAUGAAUUCGAAGAACCUGCUGUUUGCUGUUCUUUAUCGGGGAAAUACAAUGAUACUAAUAUAUCCAUCAACACUACCAGUUCUUCAAAAAGAGAUCCUUAUGUAGAUUUGGAACUUUCUGAUAGAAUUCAAUCUGGUUUUUCUGCUCUGCCAUCCUUUAGUGAUUGUGGAAUACAAUAUUAUCAGCCUGAUAGAAUUAUUGGUGGUGGAAUUGUUACCAGUUUUGAUGAAUUUCCAUGGAUGGCUUUGCUGCAAUAUUCUAAGAAAGGUGCUUUAUGCGGUGGUGUUUUAAUUGGCAAGAAACACGUUUUGACUGCAGCUCAUUGUGUUACUGAACCAUUACUAUCAGUUUUAGGAACUUUAACCCAUGUCCGAUUAGGAGAGUACGACAUUACAACUGAUCAAGAUUGUGACUCUUUUACCCAAGAAUGUGCAGACCUUCCUCAAGAUUUAAAAGUAGAAAAGGUCUUUGUGCAUCCUGAAUUUAACUCUGCAAUGAAAAAUCAACAUCAUGACAUAGCUGUAAUCAAAUUAACACAGGAAGCACGUUAUAAUUAUUUUGUGCAGCCUAUUUGUCUACCUGUUCCUGAUCAUCGGGAUCUAGAUAAAAUGGAAGGACGAAGCUUAUUUGUAUCUGGUUGGGGUUUAACUGAAAAAAGUAUACCGAGUCCUAUAAAAAUGAAACUCAAAGUUCCAGUGGUAUCACCGAAUGCUUGCGGCAUGCAAUAUAAGAACUUCAAAAUUCAGUUGACCCCCAACCAAAUAUGUGCCGGUGGUGAGGUGCGUAAAGGAACCACUUCUGGUGACAGUGGUGGACCCUUGAUGGCAUAUGAUAAAUAUGCAGACCAAUGGUUUUGUGUGGGAGUUGUUUCUUUAGGACUUAAAAAAAUUGGCAAUGUAGGUAUUCCAGGUGUUUAUACGAAGGUGUACGAUUAUCUAGAUUGGAUUAGAGAAUCCGCUAAUAAGUGAUAACUGAUAGUGAUCUACUUAAGUAAGUGGCGCAUUUAAAU